AAACGCUGGAAAACAGAAAUACCAAAACAAAGCCAAGCGAAGCUAAGGUCGAAGAGCCAUGGCAGAAAGCAAAGUGAGCUCCGUUGUGUCUGAUCUUGUCAACUUCUUAAACGCUUCUCCCACUGCUUUUCACGCAGUCGCUGAGGCAAGGAAACGGUUGGAAGACGUUGGAUAUGAGCAAGUAUUGGAGAGAGAAGAUUGGAAAUUAGAAGUUGGGAAGAGAUACUUUUUCACCAGGAAUCAUUCAACCAUUGUUGCUUUUGCUAUUGGUAAAAAAUAUGUUGCUGGAAAUGGAUUUCAUAUAGUUGGUGCACAUACUGACAGCCCUUGUCUAAAGUUGAAGCCUAUUUCCAAGGUUACAAAAGGUGGUUUUCUGGAGGUAGGAGUGCAAACAUAUGGAGGUGGUUUGUGGCAUACGUGGUUUGAUCGCGACUUGACAGUUGCAGGAAGGGUGAUAAUAAGAGAGAAGAAGGGUGAUUCUGCCUCCUAUUCACAUCAACUAGUUAGAAUUGAGGAGCCUAUAAUGCGAGUCCCUACCCUGGCUAUUCACUUAGACAGGGGUGUUAAUGAUGGAUUCAAGGUGAACACACAGAGUCAUCUUUUACCUGUCCUGGCAACAUCAAUCAAGGCAGAGCUCAAUAAAGAAGUUGCUGAAAAUGGUCCAGCUGAAAAGAUGACUAAGAACUCAAGACAUCACUCACUUCUGCUGCAGAUGAUUGCAAAUAAGCUUGGCUGUCAACCAGAUCAAAUAUGUGAUUUUGAAUUGCAAGCAUGUGAUACUCAACCAAGUACAGUAGCCGGUGCUACUAAGGAAUUUGUCUUUUCCGGAAGGCUCGACAAUCUUUGCAUGUCAUUUUGCUCUCUGCAGGCACUGAUAGAUGCUACAUCUUCUGAAAGCGAGCUUGAAGAUGAGAGUGGUGUUAGAAUGGUGGCAUUGUUUGAUCAUGAGGAGGUUGGAUCUGAUUCAGCACAAGGAGCUGGAUCUCCUGUAAUGUUGGAUGCUCUAUCACGAGUAACAAAUUGCUUCACCUCAGAUUCUAAGCUGCUAACAAAAGCAAUUCAGAGAAGUUUCCUUGUUUCUGCUGACAUGGCACAUGCCCUGCACCCAAAUUAUAUGGACAAACAUGAAGACAACCAUCAGCCUAAGUUGCAUGGGGGACUUGUUAUCAAACACAAUGCAAACCAACGUUAUGCAACCAAUGCAGUCACUUCUUUCAUAUUCAGGGAAAUAGCAGGGCAGCAUAACCUUCCUGUUCAGGAUUUUGUGGUGCGCAAUGAUAUGCCUUGCGGCUCAACCAUCGGUCCUAUCCUGGCAAGUGGUGUGGGGAUCCGUACGGUGGAUGUUGGUGCUCCUCAAUUGUCAAUGCACAGCAUACGAGAAAUGUGUGCUGUUGAUGAUGUGAAACAUUCAUAUGAGCAUUUCAAGGCCUUCUUCCAAGAGUUCUCUCAUCUUGACACCAAGAUUACAGUCGACGUGUAGAUCCUCUCUCCAUCUUGGGCAAGAGGUGCAAUAACCAAAAUGACUUCUAAAUAGCUGCUAUUUAAGUUCUUGCUCAAAAUGCCGUGCAACCAUGAGGUUGAUGUUGCAUGGUUAAGUUGCUGGACUAGUUGGUAUGUUUUUCCGGAUCUACGAUUGUAUGGUGGCAACGAUUAAGGGUUCUGUCAGUGGCUUAAGAUUCCGCUACCUAACAGUAAGGUUGCAGAUGGGUUGGAUGUGUCUUAAUGUUUUUCUGCAGCAAUAACAAUAUUCUGUCCAGCCACUAGAUAGAAAACCUUGGAUGGCAUUGUGGUAAAAAUGUAUUAAGGUUCCAACUUUACCAUGAGUUGGAGGAUUUCUUUUUAGAGCAUACAAGAAAUUCUCUCUAAA